AUGUCUCGCCUGUGCGCCGCGAGGAACCAGAGCAAAACCGGCUUCAGCGCCGCGUCUGCCUUCACCCCGAACGCCGGCAGCACCAGCUUCUGCGUAGGGUCCGUGUCCCAAGGUGCAACCUGCAGCACGGCUGGGUACGGGAGGUUUGCCGGAGGGUUUGGAAGCAGGAGCCUCUACAGUCUCGGGGGAUGCCGGAGGAUCGCGGUGGCUGCAAGAGGUGGCGGCUUCUACGGACCUGCAGCUGGAGGCGCUGGGGCGUCCUGUGGUUUUGGUGGCGCAGCUGCUGGUGCCUUCGGGUUUGGUGGUGCCGUGGGCGGCCCUGCGUUCCCUGCUGUCCCUGCCGGAGGCAUCCAAGCCGUCUCCGUCAACCAGAGCCUGUUGAAACCCCUCAACCUGGAGAUCGACUCCACCAUCCAGAGCAUCCGAAAGGAGGAGAAGGACCAGAUUCAAACCCUCAACAACAAAUUUGCCUCUUUCAUCGACAAGGUCCGAUUCCUCGAGCAACAAAACAAGGUCCUGGAGACCAAGUGGGCCCUUCUGCAAGAACAGGGGAACAAAACGGUCGGGAACAACAUCGAGCCCCUUUUUGAGACCUACAUCAGCAACCUCCGCAGGCAGCUGGACAGUCUGCUGGCGGAGCGGCACAACUUGGCAGCGGAGCUGAGCAAGGUGCAGAGCCUGGCCGAGGAGUUCAAGAGCAAGUACGAAGAGGAGAUCAACAAGCACACAGCUGCCGAGAACGAGUUUGUGGUGCUGAAGAAGGAGGUGGACGCUGCCUACACGAACAGGACGGAGCUGCAGGCCAGGCUGGACUCACUCGUGGAGGAGAUAGAUUUCCUCAGAGCCCUCUAUGAAGCCGAGCUGUCGCAGCUGCAGAGCCAGAUCUCGGACACCUCGGUGGUGCUGACCAUGGACAACAGCCGCAGCCUGGACCUGGACGGGAUCAUCGCCGAGGUGAAGGCGCAGUACGAGGACAUCGCCAAGCGCAGCCGCGCCGAGGCCGAGGCCUGGUACCAGAGCAGGUACGAGGAGCUGCAGGCUACGGCGGGCAGGCACGGGGACGACCUCCGCAGCACCAAGCAGGAGAUCUCCGAGCUCAACCGCCACGUCCAGCGCCUGCGCUCUGAAAUCGACAGCGUCAAGAAGCAGUGCUCCGGUUUGGAGGCGGCCAUCGCGGACGCCGAGCAGCGCGGGGACGCGGCCGUCAAGGACGCCAGGGCCAAGCUGGCCGAGCUGGAGGCCGCGCUGCAGCAGGCCAAGGCCGAGCUGGCCCGGCAGCUGCGCGAGUACCAGGAGCUCAUGAACGUCAAGCUGGCCCUGGACAUCGAGAUCGCGACCUACAGGAAGCUGCUGGAGGGCGAGGAGAGCAGGCUCUCUGGAGAAGCUGCCAGCGCAGUCAAUAUCUCUGUGACCAGAACGGCCGCAGGAGCCGGUUACGGAGGCGGGAACUGUCUGAACUUCGGCAGCGGCCUUGGAGACGGAAUCUGUGCCGCAGGAACCGGUGGACAAGGCGCCGCCAGGUCCUGCGUGGUCGGUGGAAGCAGCUCCAGCGUUAAAUACGUCUCCACCACCUCUGCAAGCAAGCGGUGCUAUUAAAGCCGGACAUCAGCACCGCGCCGAGUUUCCGCGUGUGUUGUGUGCAGUCCUCGCCCUGUUACUUGUGCCAGAUUUGGAAGUCAGAGCUGUCUGUCCUUAUUUAUAUAAAACAUCUCAUGCUCCUGUUUGUUCUCUCUGAAAUCCUCAUUUCCCAGGGUUCACCUAAUAAAAGGCACGUGGAGUUAA